AUGUUUACCACCACUCAGAUGUUUGCCUUGGGGAUUGUGCUCGCAGUCGGCUAUGUUUUGUACAAUGACCGCAAGAAAGACCCCCGAGAGCCACCAAUAGUGAGGAGCAAGAUCCCGGUGGUCGGACAUCUACUCGGGGUCAUAUUUUCUGGAUUCGGUUAUUUCACCACUCUCGCGACGAACAAUCGAGAUCAGCCGAUUUUCACGUCAAACAUGAUUUUCAACAAGGCGUAUAUCAUUACAUCGCCAGAUCUGAUGCAGGCAGCUCAACGCCACACCAAGACUUUGAAAUUCGACCCACUUGUGACCUUUGGUCUUCGCAAUGUUGGCGGUAUUGAAAAUAAAACGACGCUCCAUUUGCUGCGAGAAAAAGAGUCUGGUGGUGGAGGGCUCGUCCAAAAAGUCAUGCACGAUAUGGCGCCGGCCCUGGUUGGGAAAUCGUUGGAUGAACUGAAUCUACGUAUGACUCAGCUGUUACUACCACACCUAGAUCGGCUAGCGGAUAGCCCAGUCAUAGAUCUAUAUGGAUGGUGCCGUGAUGUGAUUAUGGAUGCCAGCACUGACUCGUUGUAUGGCCCGUUGAAUCCAUAUGGGGAUCCAGAAGUUGCAAAGGCGUUCUGGGAGUUUGAAACAAAUUUAGCUCCACUGGUAGCUAACAUCCUACCAUGGCUGGCGGCACGCAAAGCAUGGAAAGGGCGGAAUACAGUCUGCAAAGCCAUUCUGGAAUACGCCAAGAAGAACGGGCAACAGCAAGGAUCUCAGCUAGCCAUCAUGCGACACAAGACAUUGAUAGAAGCCGGACUCACCAUUGACGAAUACACGAGAAUGGAAAUCACCAUGAUCAUGGCGUUUGUAUCGAAUACGAUCCCCUCUGCAUUCUGGGUUCUUUUCGACCUGUACAGUCGUCCGAAUCUUCUUAGCGAGAUUCGCGAAGAACUGAAAGCGAAUUCACUCUCCAUCGCAGCCGACGGAACCCACAACAUUGACAUUGGGGCUAUGAGAGAAGAAUGCCCGUUACUCUUAUCGUUCUUCCAAGAGGUGCUCCGUACACGCACCACAACGUGCUCCACACGUCUCGUGUUGAAAGACACCUUGCUCGCUGGCAAAUAUUUACUCAAGGCUGGGAAUAUGCUCAAUAUCCCUGCAAGUCCGAUGGGGUAUAACAAAAACGCAUGGGGCGCCAAUGCGGCUGUAUUCAAUGCGCGGAGGUUUAUGAAACCGGUGGCAUCAGACGAUGGAGAUUUGAAGAAGGAAACUCGACGCCCUGGGCGGUUCAUGACCUUUGGAAUUUCGCCUGUCAUCUGUCCUGGUCGCCAUUUUGCCAGCUCGGAGAUACUGGGGUUGGUCACUAUGAUGAUCUUACGAUAUGACGUGGAACCGGUCAGUGGAGGUUGGAAGGAGCCACCAGAGAACAAGGCGGCUGUUGUUUCGAUUAUGGGAGCAAUCAAAGGUGAGUUUCCUGUCAACAUGACGAAACGGAACGAGUUCGAAGGAGUAAAAUGGGGAUUUAAAGUUGAGCAAGGCAAGGGCCAAUUCCCAUUGGUGAUAGGAUGA